AUGAGCUUCGUACAGCUGCAGCGGCCCCUUCAGAGGGGGGCUGCUGCCUCUUUGCGUGGCACCACCACCACGACUACUGUCGCCGGUCUCGAAGAGCGAUUCACAAGGCUAAGGAUCACGCUGCAACAGACCAAUGCCGCCCUCCAGGGAACACGUUAUGCCUCGGUCAAGUCGCAGGGUGCCUACAGGAUCCCUAAUAAAAAGACAAUAGCCAAGAAGAUGGGCGCCAAAAAGACUGGUGAUCAAUAUGUCAUUCCCGGCAACAUCAUCUACAAGCAGCGUGGUACAAUAUGGCACCCAGGCGAGAACACAAUCCUCGGAAGAGACCACACCAUCCACGCUGCUGUUGCUGGCUACGUCAAGUACUACCGCGAUCCCGCCCGUCACCCAACACGCCAGUACAUUGGCGUCACCUUCAACCGUGAAGACAAGCUCCCCUAUCCCCCGGGCGCCCCCCGCCGGAGGAAACUCGGGUUGGUGGCUGUCCCCCGCAAGACCGAAGAGGCCCCAGCCACCCCCGAUGCUCUCUCGCCCAGCGGCAUUCCCCUAGCAGUUACUCGUCUUCCGCAAAUAGAGAUGCGAGAGGAGACGGCUCCAGAACCGGUCGAGGCCGCCGUCAGAGAGCCCGAAAAGACACCGCUCAAGGACGGCAACUCGAUCAUCUCCGCCCUCAUCAAGGACAAGCUUCACAAGAGACGGUUGCAACAAGCCGCCGCCGAGAAGGAAAAGGAGCGCUUGAAGAAGGAGUCCGAGAUCCGCAUGAACACGCGUGUGUUGAGACUGCAGGACGACUACAGCUAUCGUGAGAGCAACUGGGAGAUUGGUCGCCUGGUGGGUGACGUGGGAACCAUCCCAGGAUCGGAAAAGAUGGAUUCCCGAAGGGCCAAGUUCCGCCUGCGUCGCAGAAAGAGAAUGUGCAGCUUCAACGCCAUCAAGAAGCGCAAGGCUGCCAAGGCUCAGCUCAGGGAGGAAUACAAGGCUCGCGUGCGGGCAAACCGUGAGAAGAGGAUUGCCGAGAGACGCGCGUUUGCCGCCAAGGUCAAGGCUGGUGCUGCUGCGAAGGGAGGAGACGCUUCCGGAAAGGUUGAGGCGUGA